AUGGCCCCUUCCACUCGAGCCACUCGAUCCAAUGCCCUUCAUCGUUCUCCAUCACCACGUCCUUCAAAACGAGCACAGGGUGAUGGUGCUCAACCUACCCUGUCUAACCCUCAACAACUGCUUCAAAAUACAAACAAUACUCAACCAAACCCAUCCCACCCUAACAGUGCCACUAUCAACACUGAUAUACCACUCAGCGAGAUCACUUUACAAAACUACCAUCAGGUCAAGAACUACUGGCCCAUCGGACGCAUCCAAGAGCAAUUAGAUAAGCAGAAAACCACAAACCACCAGAUCAGCGCAGCCGUAAUCACCGAAGGACAAGCACUCAUGGCUAGUCUUGACCAUAGUCUUCAUAUGAUUGCUAUGAUUUCAGGAGUCGACAUAGACAAUUUGAAGCGCUCAUUGGGCUUGAAGGGAGGAAGUCACGCCGAAAACACGUGGCAUCGGUGGCUGUCUUUUGCACUUGAGGCCAAUAAACAUCCAAUGCCUCCUAGAGGGUCUCCAAACUCCUCUGAGCUUCUCACGAUCCGCAAUCAAGCUAAUUCGAAGGCUUAUCAAGCUCUCAAAGACGAAGAACUCGAUGUUUUCACAGCCGAAAUCUUCUUCUCCCUCGGAGGUUACCCAGACUACUCUUCAAUAGUUAUACCGGAGGAUAAUGUACACGGAGACUCUGAAAUACUAGUUCCAGAAGUUCCUAAGCUGGCUCCUGAGGAAGAAGAACUGUACCGUCCUAUCUAUAACCGACUUGUCGAUCAGGAUAAGGUCACCAGGGACCGCGAGCUGAAUACACCCAGCAACUCAUCUCGAAAAGAAGAGAAACGCUCGCUACAAUGUAUCAAAAAGAUAGCACAGCAUCUUGCGCGGGACCAUCAACUAGUUGGCCUAGAAUAUUAUCUUAUCGCCUGUAGUAAUACAACUGUAGGUGGUGGAUGGUGUCGGGAGUAUACGAGUCGUGACGAGAUAUCUACGUGGGUUUCGACCAAGGCUAACCUGCAAGAGGUGUUUCCCUUAUACUGUCAGCAUCGGGCUACCAUUGAAGAGGUGAAUACUGUGGCAGCCAAAGCCAAACCCAAUGAUCCUAAACCACCAAAUAAAUCCGACCAAGAUAAGAAGAAACUAGGUGGGCUAUUGAACAAAAUGGUUGAUGAUCUCAUCGGGUAUCACCCUGCUCAUGGCUUUCCCCGUGUCCCCGAUCCUGUCUGGGCCAUCACCGAUCGCAAAAUACCGAUUAUUGUUGAGCGUGAUGAUGACUCAGAGAUGACCCCCGAGGAGUUUUCCCUUGGUUUCAAUGGCAUGAAUGCAAGAGCUCGACGUCACUGGCUUGCCGACAUUGACAGUGGUAAAUUUAGGAUCAAGAAGAAGGUUACAAGCAAUGAAAGUGAUGCAACAGGUGCUGGUACAUCUGGUUUGAACGAUACUAGUGCAGCUACUAAUUCCAAUGAUCAACAAACAACUGAUACACACGAUGAUAAUCAAGUAGACACGAAUGAUCUGGGAAACGGUAAUGCAGCAGCACAGGCUGAUCUUGAUGGGGAGCCAUUGAAUUGA